AUGGCUACCGAUCGCCAAGGAGCAGACGACGGCAAGGAUGUAACGCAUCUCGCGAGCGACGAGGGGCAGGAGUCGACCAGAGAUACGCGCCUCUUGGAAACCCUCGGCUACAAGCCGGUCUUGCACAGGACGUUCAACGUUUUCCACAACUUUGCGACAACCUUUGCUGCACUCUAUUUCAUCGGCGGUGUCCGCGUGACUUUCUCUAUAGGCAUCGCCGCGGGAGGCAAUCUUGCAUACUGGACGAGUUUUCUCGUGACCUGCGUCUUCACCUUCAUCACUGCUGCUGUGAUUGCAGAGAUCUGCUCUUCACUCCCUCUCGCAGGAUCCAUCUACUUGUGGGCAGCUGAAGCUGGGGGCCCUCGUUAUGGCAGAUUUUUUGGCUUCAUUGUAGCGUGGUGGAGCACCACUGCCUGGACAACAUUCUGUGCGAGCAACACCCAAUCCGCUGUUAACUACAUGCUUUCCGAAAUCGUUGUUUUCAAACUUGAUUUCCCAUCAGACCCCUCGAGUAUCAAGUUUCGGGCCGUUCAAUGGAUAGCUACGGAAGUGAUGCUGGCUCUGGCAGCCAUCUGGAAUCUCCUACCCCCACGUUACUUCAAGUGGAUAUUCUACUUGUCUACCACUUUCGUCUUGCUCGAUUUCAUUCUGAACAUGAUCUGGUUGCCUGUCGCCGCCAGCAAGAGCACCUAUGGCUUCAGGUCUGCGCACGAUGCCUUUCUGACUACGUAUAACGGGACAGGCGCACCGGCGGCUUGGAACUGGUGUCUCUCCUAUCUUGCGACGGCUGGUAUUCUCAUCGGAUUCGACGCCUCGGGCCACGUCGCCGAGGAAACUAAGAACGCCAGCGUUGCUGCUGCCCAGGGUAUCUUCUGGAGCACAGUCACUAGCGGCAUUGGGGGGUUUAUCGUUGUUAUUCUGUUUCUAUUCUGCGUUCCUGACGCAGACACAUUAUUCUCUUUUGGUAGUGCUCAACCGUUCGUCCCAUUAUAUGCGGCCAUUCUUGGAGAAAGAGCACACAUCGUCAUGAACAUCAUUUGCAUUGUUGCGCUCUGGUUUAAUACCGCCAUUGCCGUCCUAGCCGCAUCGCGCCUAGUCUUUGCAGUGGCGCGUGAUGGCGUUUUGCCAUGGUCCUCUUGGGUCUCCAAGGUCGUCGACGGCCAGCCACGUAACGCCGUUUUAGUCGUUUGGGGAGUGGCUUCCAUCAUCACCUGCACCAUUCUUCCGUCAUCUGCGGCAUUUACCUCCUUGGUAUCAGCAGCCGGGGUUCCUUCGGCCGCCGCUUAUGGUCUCAUCUGCAUCUGCCGCCUCUUCUUGACACCAAAUCACUUUCCGAAGCCUGCGUGGAGCCUGGGGCGUUGGAGCAAGCCCUUCCAAGCUAUCUCUGUGCUCUGGAACGGAUGGGUUGUUGCUGUGCUAUUCUCACCCUAUGUUUUCCCUGUUGAGGCAGCAACGUUCAACUACGCCCCAGUGAUCAUGGGAAUUGUGACCAUAUUUGCCGUUCUUUCCUGGUGGUCCAUCCCAGCGGAACAAUGGCUUCCAUCGCAGCGCAUUCAAGAAACAUUGCUUGCUGGAGAAAGGCAUACUGAAGAGUAG